UUACUAGCUUUUGCAGCGUGCGCUUCGGGAGGUUUUUGCGCGUAGACGACGCAAAAGGGAACAGGCUACACUUCCCAGAAACCUCUUUUUUUUUUUUUUUUAGGCUACAAGAGACUACAAUUCCCAGCAGCUCUUUAUCUCCCAGCCUCCCUUGCAGCUGCAAUGCGGCAGGUCAGCUGCCUCUGUUGGAUGGGCAGGAAGGAUUUGCAAGAUUUGCAGCAAAAGCCUCUGGUGUCCACUUUGCAAAAGCUGCGUCCAAUGACCUUGCAAGAUGUUGAUUGGCUUUUUCAGAGAUGAGGGAAUGCUGCUGCAAAACUGAGCGUCAUGGAGGAAAAUGACGAGAACAUGAGCUGCCUAGGAAAUGGCAUCGGGGAAAAGAACAUUUGUAGUUCUUCUGGGAAGCGUUUUACUGCGAAACUUGAUCUUGUCAAACACCAGAGAGACCAUCAUGGACACAAGCCGCACAAAUGCCUGCAAUGUGAGAAGCAGUUUGCUCUACGGUGUCAACUAGUGAGACACAAGAGAAUCCACAAGGGAGAGAAGGAAUACGAAUGCCCUGAGUGCAAGAAGACGUUUACCUGCUCAGAAAACCUUAUGAUCCACCAGAGAGUCCACACUGAGGAGAAACCUUAUGAAUGCAGGGAGUGUGGCAAAUACUUUCCCCAAAAAUAUAACCUUGUGAACCACCAGAGAUCCGACAAUGGAGAGAAACCUUAUGGGUGUGGGGAAUGUGGCAAAUGUUUUUCUCAAAAAGCUCACCUUGUGAUCCACCAGAGAUCCCACACUGGGGAGAAACCUUAUGGGUGUGGGGAAUGUGGCAAAUGUUUUUCUCAAAAAGCUCACCUUGUGAUCCAUCAGAGAUCCCACACUGGGGAGAAACCUUACGAGUGCAUCGAGUGUGGGAAAUGGUUUGCUGAACUAUCUACUUUCAGGUGCCACCAGAAAGACCACACUGGAGAGAAACCUUACGAGUGCAUAGAGUGUGGCAAACGUUUUUCUCGUAAAGUUCACCUUGUGAGGCACCAGAGAUCCCACACUGGAGAGAAACCUUAUGAGUGCACCGUGUGUGGGAAACGGUUUGCCGAACAAUAUCCUCUCAGGCGCCACCAGAAAGUCCACACUGGGGAGAAACCUUACGAGUGCAUAGUGUGUGGCAAAUGUUUUUCUCAAAACACUAACCUCGCGUCUCACCACCGGAGAGUCCACAUGGGAGAAAAACCUUACAAAUGUAUGGACUGUGGGAAGGACUUUGCUGAAAAAGGUGAUUUGAUGAACCACCAGAGAGUCCACACAAGAGAGAAACCAUACAAAUGCAUGGAAUGUGGGAAAAGUUAUGCUUUCCACUCAGCCGCUUUGUUACACAGUAAAAUCCACACUGGAGAGAAACCCUAUAAAUGCACAACAUGUGGGAAAUGCUUUGCCAACCAAUCUUCCCUCAGGCAACACCAGAAAUUCCACACUGGAGAGAAACCUUACGAGUGCAUGGACUGUGGGAAGUGUUUUGUUGCCAACUCUACAUUGGUGAUCCACCAGAGAUCCCACACUGGGGAGAAACCCUAUAAAUGCACCGAGUGUGGAAAAUGUUUUCAACGCGACUCACACCUCGCGAAACAUCGGAUAAUCCAUACAGAGGAGAGAAAUCAUAAGUGCCCUGAGUGUGGGAAAUGUUUUCCUGACAAGUCUACCUUGGUCGUCCACCAGAGAGCCCACACGGGGGAGAAGCCAUAUAAAUGCACCAUGUGUGGGAAAUGUUUUACUUACAGUGCGAGUUACAGAAAGCACCAGAUAAUUCACACUGGAAAGAAAUGUGAGAACACCGUCUCUUGAGAAUGGGGCAUACACUAUCUGGCAUAAGGUCCAGUGUUCUCCCCCACCACCCAUAACAGUAAAUUUUAGAAAGUACCAGGGAUUAAGGUGGGGGUUAAUUUUCUCACUUAUAACACCAUUUUUAACAAACGGAUCCAGGAAAUUACAGGUGGGUUCCCAGAGUGUCUGUACAUGGAAAACUGCUGGAAAGUUUUAAUAAUAAAACAACUUUGCAUACAGUAAGAGAGCUCAAGAGACUCUUUUGGGGCUCAAGUUUUCUUUCUUGAUGAGCAUGGGCCACACAGACUUUUCUUUUUAAUGCAUUACAAACACACAUUGCAGGGUGGGGGUACCUUGAAAGAAGUUACUGCUAUUCCCACCUUGUAUGUUACUCAGAUGUAGAUCCCAUGGAGUUUAAUGGAACUUUUCCCCUGAGAGCUGUACAAAUGAUGAAAAUAAUAAUUUUAUAAAAGCUAUCAUUUCGAUGAUUCCAUUUUCUUUUGAGUCAUUGCCCAGCCACAUUGAAAAGGCCCAUUGCUAGGCAUGAUGAUUGUGAUUCAUCUUGAAUUGUUAUUUAGGUAGAUGAAAGAAAAUAUUGGGAGACGUUUAAUGAAUAGGAAAAUCAGUGUCUCAACAAACAAAGACAUAUGAGGCUGAAGAGCUUGAAGAGCUAUGUCAUAUUUGAUUGGUUCAGGAUGGUGACAGUGGGUUGCUGUAACAGUGGGUUGGUGACUACUCAGAUUGCUGCAACCCUUUGAUGGUCAAAUGAAAUCACAUAUGUAAUCUAGAAGUGUAUAUUGAACAUAGCUUUCGAUGUGUUUCUUCACAUCCUCAUUUUUGAGGCUGUCCCUUUGUGCAUUUGUACUUCAAUAAAGGCCUGUCUUUUCACUUGGA